ACUCUUUAUUUUCCUUGCACACUUUUUGAUCAUUUGUAUUUUUCGCAAUGAAUCGAGGAAGAUUCAAUCACGGUAAAAGAAGAUCAGGUCCUUUCAAUAAAGGCGCCCCGUAUGGAGGGAGAGAUCGCCAGCCAAAAACUCAUACGGUUCGAACGUCGUACAUUUCGGAAAAAGAUAUUCACUGUACGGAGUACGUGUCCAAGUUGGAAGGUUUUCAGGGUGUUCUGAAGUCGAGAUUUUCCGAUUUCCAUGUCAAUGAAAUUGACGCUGAUGGCGUAGAGACCCUUUUGACGGUAACAGCAUUACCCAAGCCUCCCUCUCCGGAAGUUGAUGUGGCAACUGGUGAUAAUGAUCGUCCAAUCGACCCAAACGAACAGCUGAUACGGUUGAUCACAUCGGAAAAUCUGCAGCGCAUCCAGGAAAUAGUGGACGGGAAAGGCGAGCCCUCUCUAGAGGUCGAUGUGACCGAACUUUCCAAGCAGGAUCGUACGACAAUACACACUAGAGUAAAGGCCCUUUUUGGCAGCGCUGUUGUUGGGUCGACGGUAACACGUGACGACCGCAAGUGGAUCCGAUUUGCCAAAUACGAUAAGGCUACGGUACGCGAUCGGCGUGAAAAGUGGUUGUGGCCGCAUCCGUACACAUACUUUAUGAUGUACAAGGAAAAUCUCGACACCAUUCAGGCAACGCUGCAGCUUUCACAGAAGCUCCACUGUGCUCCGUCCGUGCUGACGUACGCCGGUACGAAGGAUCGCCGGGCCAAAACUACCCAGUGGAUGUGCAUCAAAACACGAGAACCGUCGAAGAUCGCCGCAGCCGCUCGGGGUCUACCGAACAUCAGCGUGGGAAAUUUCACAUUCAAACCAACCACCCUCAAGCUUGGCAUGCUGCAGGGAAACCGGUUCCGUAUCGCCCUGCGUCAAGUAACGGCAGAGGACCAAAUUAUCAACGCAUCGAUGGAGCAUUUGCGCGACAAAGGUUUCAUCAACUACUACGGUUUGCAACGGUUUGGUAAUUGCGCAUCCGUGCCGACCUAUCGCGUGGGAAUCGAGCUGCUAAAGGGAAGCUGGAAGGAAGCUUGCGAUCUAAUAUUGCAACCGAGAGAAGAUGAACCUCACUACAUGCAAAAAAUGCGCUCCGUAUGGCAACAAACUCAAAACGCUGAGGAAGCACUGAAAACGUUGCACUCAACGAAUAAAUCGGUUGAGGCGCAGCUUUUGCAUUGGCUUGCGAACCACGGAAACAAGGACUACAUUGGUGCGAUCGAACAUCUGCCUAGAAAUGUGCGAUUGCUUUACAUGCACGCGUAUCAGAGUUUGAUUUGGAAUCGUGUGGCUUCACGACGGAUACGUGAGUACGGGUUUGAACCUCGGGAAGGCGAUUUAGUGUAUCUCGACAAAACCGUUGAGGCUACCGCCCAACAAGAGGCCUCUGCCGUUGCAGUGGACGAAGAUUUAAAUAAUCUAGAGGUGUACGAAGCACAGCCGAGCGAAGACGAUCAACCAUUGAAUGAGGAAGAGGAGAACGGAUCUAGCGAUCCCUCGCCGUUCAAGAGCCUGGUUCGACCUCUCUCAGCAGACGACAUAGCUUCCGGAAGGUACACCAUGUUCGAUAUUAUUCUUCCGCUGCCCGGGCACGACAUUACUUAUCCGGACAACGAGUGUGCCCGCUGGUAUGAAGAAGCGCUCGGUGAAGAAUCGUUAUCAUCGGAGAAAUUAAAACGAAAGUCUAAAAAACAUUCACUCACUGGGGCAUACCGAAAGCUAUUCGUUCGUCCGGAGCGCAUGGAUUGGAAAAUCGUACACUAUGAAAAGCCGACGGACACGCUCAUCCUUUCGGACGUGGAGAAAAUGAAGAAUGUUCCCGAGCCACCGUUUGCAUCGUGGGCAGAAAAGGAACAUUCACUUAAGGCCGUGAUUAUGGACUUCCGCCUACCAACAUCUACAUAUGCCACCAUGGCGUUGCGAGAAAUCCUGAAGGCUGACACUUCCGCCAGUAACCAGCGUACGUUGGAUAAGUCGGGACAGGAAAACACCGCCGAGUCGUUCGUGGCUACCGAGCUGGAUGCAAAGAAGGAAUCAAGCGAUGUUAAACCGGAUGACGAACCGGUGUGCAAAAUGGCAAAAAUAUUCCCAGAAUAAAUUAUUUUCUGUACC